UAUUAAUCAGUAGGUAUUCAUUAUUUUACGUCUGUGAUGCUUUUCUGACAUAGAAUAGAUGGGGUUUUCUAGACAAAUAUUUGUUGAUUCUAACCAACGUAGGUCGUCUUGUUGCCAAACAGUAGAUCGGAAUUUCUCUUUCAAUGUCGAAGUUCGGGACAUUUUCUUUCUCAAAAUAUAACAUGCAGAUUCAGAGCAACAUAAGGAAACAAAGUUACGCUACAUCUUGUCUUGAAACCUAUGAUUUAUCGAGGACAUUAGUAAAUUCUUGCAGUAGGUCUUCGAUAUAAAAAAUGGACUCGUCCAUUCGGCUGUCUGCUUGGUCCUAGACCGUUCAUCGCCCAACAACUCUGAUCUGUAUUUUGAUGUCUGUUCAAUUGUGCGUACAGAGUCUUCACCAGACUACAGCUGUGAAAAUCUGGGCGGCUGAUGAAUACGCAGCCCAGACGCGUUCCCCAAGGGGAGAGUCAGUAUCCCAGAGUUAUUGCCCCUUCAGCUCAGCGCUUUGACAUUGCAGGCAGCACAGCAGCUGAAAAUCUCUCCCAGAUUCAGUUUCCCAUGCACAAUUUUCCGACUACACAGUCGCAUGUUCAUUCAUCCGGGAUGCAUCACCAGCCAAACCCAACUUUACCGGGUCACCAUGGAGCCCCAGCAGGGCAGGGUGGCUCCCAGCCCCCCAUCCAGCAGGCCCAUGCCCAGGGACCGCCCCCACAGGCCCACUCAGCAGCAUCCCAGGGACAGCAGCAGCAGUUUCAGAGGUUAAAGGUCGAGGACGCGCUGUCCUACCUGGACCAGGUCAAGCUACAGUUUGGAAACCAGCCACAGGUCUACAACGACUUCCUGGACAUCAUGAAGGAGUUCAAGUCUCAAACAAUCGACACCCCUGGAGUGAUUAAUCGAGUGUCCAACCUGUUCAAAGGACACCCAGACCUGAUUGUGGGCUUCAACACGUUCCUGCCCCCGGGCUACAAGAUCGAGGUCCAGGCCAAUGAGAUCAGUGUACACCAGCCCGGGCAGCAGACCUUGUGUAUCCCUACCAAUGCCCCCGUAAUGCUGCCCUCUGCCACGCCAAUGCCGGGACACAAGUUGGACAUGUUCUCCAUGCAGCCGAAGACGACACCUCCCCCUGCCCACAUGGCGACCCCGCCCACUCACGGCUCCUCCCACCACUCCUAUCACCAGUCCCCCCACCGCGGGGCCGCGGCCGAUCAGAUAGGGGGAACCACCCCCCAGAGCCACCAGCCCCAGCCUCAGCAGCCACAGGCUGGUCAACCGGUGGAGUUCAACCACGCCAUCAACUAUGUCAACAAGAUCAAGAAUCGGUUCCAGGGUCAGCCAGAGAUCUACAAGGCGUUUCUGGAGAUACUGCACACCUAUCAGAAGGAACAGCGCAACCUGAAGGAGGGGAUUGUCUCCCCUGCGUGUAAGCCGCUGACGGAGGCGGAGGUUUACUCCCAAGUGGCCAAGCUGUUCCAGAACCAGGAGGACCUGCUGGCCGAGUUUGGACAGUUCCUGCCCGACGCCAACGGAUCAGCCUAUGGCGGUUAUCUGAACAUGUUGCAGGGUGACAGUUCCCUGGGGGUCAGGAAUGACCACUCAUCCACUGUCAAAAAGCCCUCCCUGAGCAACAAGAGCCAGAUGGGCAAGAGCGGGAACCAGCACAGACGCCCCUCUGGUGGGCCCCAACCACCCCAGAAGGUGAGCAGAGUUAAAGGGUCACAGAUGAGCGGUCAAAAACAGAGAACAGGAACUUUGAAAGACAUCUCAUUGGCAGAGGCUGGGCGGUAUGGAACUCUGAACGAGUUUGCCUUCUUUGACAAAGUGAGGAAGUUCCUGAAGCACCCAGAGGUCUACGAGAACUUCCUGCGUUGUCUGGUUCUCUUCAACCAGGAAGUCAUUUCCCGUACUGAACUGGUUCAGCUGGUCCAGACAUUCUUACAGCGGUCCCCCGAGUUGUACAAGUGGUUCAAAGAUUUCCUGGGGUACAAAGAGUCAGGAGGCACCACCGAGGCGGUCCCCCAGGGGGCGCUCGGCAAGGAGAGGGUCAGCGGGGAGCUGGCCAUGGAAAUAGACUAUGCUACCUGCAAGCGCUAUGGAGCGAGUUACAGAGCACUGCCAAAGUCCUACCCCCAGCCCAAGUGUUCAGGCCGCAGUCCCCUGUGUAGGGAGGUACUAAACGAUACCUGGGUGUCCUUCCCCUCGUGGUCAGAAGACUCUACCUUUGUCACAUCGCGGAAAACACAGUACGAGGAACACAUCUACCGCUGUGAAGACGAGCGGUUCGAGCUUGAUGUUGUCAUAGAAACAAAUCUGGCCACCAUUCGUUGCUUGGAGGCUGUGCAGAAGAAAAUGGGACGCAUGUCCUCAGAGGAAGCCGCCAAGUUCCGGCUGGACAACGCCCUAGGGGGGUCAUCCGACGUCCUGCAGAGGAAGGCCAUACAAAGGAUAUAUGGCGACAAAGCCCCGGACAUUAUCGACGGACUGAAGAAGAAUCCAGUCGUGGCAGUACCCUUAGUGCUGAGGAGGUUAAAGGCCAAAGAGGAGGAGUGGCGCGAGGCCCAGCGGGACUUCAACAAGUACUGGCGCGAGCAGAAUGAGAAGUACUAUCUGAAGUCGCUGGACCACCAGGGCAUCAACUUCAAACAGAACGACAUAAAGGCCAUCCGAUCCAAGGCGCUCCUCAACGAGAUCGAGACCAUCUACGACGAGAGGUCUGAACAGGACACAGAGACCGCGGAAGCCUUCAACCCUCACCUAAGUUACGUGUACAAGGAUCGGUCAGUCAUAGAGGACGCCUCCUCCCUCAUACUGCACCACAUGAAGCGACAGGCCGCUAUCCACAAAGAUGACAAACACAAGAUCAAGCUGUUGCUACGGCAACUAAUUCCUGACCUAUUCUUUUCACCUCGGCAGGAAAUGAGCGACGAUGAAGAUGAAGAUGACAUGGAAACAGAUGAAGCAGUUGACAAGGAAACAACAAAAUCAGAAGAAAAGAGAGACUCGGAGAGGGACAGAUCAUCAAGUUCAGGGAAAAAUGGGAAGGACAGUGAAGCAGGCACCCCGAAAAUCAAAGAGGAGAAGAUGGAGACAACGGAAAUCAAACAGGAAGACGAGGAGAGUAAAUCGGCGGACUCAGCCAUCAUUAACGGCAGCCAGGACGAAAACACAAACGACGGGGAUAUGGAGGAUGACGACAUCUACUCCCUGUUCUUUGUCAACAACAACUGGUACCUGUUCUUCCGCCUGCACCAGAUCCUUUGCGAGCGCCUGUACAAGAUCUACACCUACUCCGUCAAAAUCGCUGCGGAGGAGGCGCAGUGCCGCAAGGACAGGAAGGAGUCGACCGCCAUCGCUCUACGCCUCAAAGCUCCAAGUGAGAUAGAGCCGGAGGAGUACUACCCGUACUUCCUGGAGAUGGUGAAGAGUCUACUGGACGGUAACCUGGAGUCCACGCAGUACGAGGACCAGCUGCGUGAGAUGUACGGCAUCCACGCCUACAUCGCCUUCACCAUGGAGAAACUCGUACAGAACCUGGUCAGACAGAUGCAGCACAUUGUGCAGGACGAGGUGUGUCUGAGGAUCACCGCGCUGCACCAGGAGGAGAGGAAGAAUGGUGCCACUGGGGGACGGGUCGCCACUGUACACCAGCGGACCGUCAAGGAAACUGCCUACCACAAGAGGGCCGAACAGUGUCUCAGUGAGGAGAACUGCUUCAGAAUCGUCAUUUUCAAGAAGGAGUGCAGGUUGACCUUUGAACUGAUGGACACUGAGCAUGAGCAGUCGGACGACCCGAUAGAGGUGGAGCGCUGGUCCGAGUACGUGGAGAAGUACGUCUCCAAGGACGACACCGUCUCCGACGACCUGAAGGAACACCUCAACCGCAAACCUGUCUUCUUACCCAGGAAUGUCCGACAGUGGCGACGUCACCAGAAGAACCAGAAAUCCCGGUCGGACACAGAGACAGAGGAAAUCCUGGGCUCUCCCAAACAAUCGACGGAGGAGAUGGACAUCCUGGAUAACACGGAAUGUAAAUUCAACGUCAACUCAUUCAAAAUCGUCUACGUGGUCAACAGCGAGUACUACCUGUACAAGAGAACCGCUCUCACCAAAGCCAGAGAGUCCCACAAGAGGGUCUCGCUGAAGCUCCAUGACAAGUUCUCGUCAUGGAUCGAGGGCUGGCGUGAGGAGAACCUAAGCGAGGACCAGCGGUCCAACUGUGAGGACUGGCUAAUGGGUCACGGCGAGGAUGUGGUGGCAUGUACUACCACCAAGGAGCCGCGCGGCGACCAGGACUCCACGCCCUACUUUUCCUACAACAAGUACCAUGUCGAGUACGAGUAUGAGACCAAGAGCGAGGCAGGGGAACCAGCUGAGAUACCCAAAGAGGCGGCCACCAGUUAAACAGUUUAGCAGGGGCAACUUGCUAAAAAACAACCUCCACUUGUUGAAGAGAAUUUUUGGAGUAGGCACUUGCAAAAAAACACAACUGGGCAAGCUACAUGUAUUUGGUCAAAGUGAAUUUGUGGAUCUAUGACAGGGGUUGCAUUUAAUGAAGAACUGUUGACUCGCAUUUAAUACGAACAUUUCAGAAGAUCUCAAAGAGCAUCUCUAUUUUAACACCUGUUUUGCAUUAUUAUUUUUUAAGAAAGUCAAUGGAAAGAAUUAAGUUGAUGCAUUUGGAAAAACGUGAAGUUGAAGAUCUUGUCCUUGAUUUUUUUUUUUUUUUUUUUUUUUUACAAAAGAUUUGUAUCAACAUGGCAACUUGCAUUAUUGUUUCAUUGAUGAAAAAGAUAUUUUUAUUGAGAUUUAUUAAUAUAAUGAUAUAUUGUAGUGAUUUCAGUAGUACAUUUGUAAAUAAGAAAAGUGUAUACAAAAGAUUAUUAUGUUGUAAUAUAAAAGUGAGGUUAUGUGUCUUCAAUCCUACUCAGCAUUUUAAGUAAAAGUUAAGGCAUGUGUAGAAUCCCAAUCCUGAAAAUUACUGGUUCAUGUAAUAGGAGUUGAACAUUAAGUUAUUGUACAUUGAUUAGUAAUGUAAAUAAUUACAUUACAUCAUUUAUUACAUAUUAUUACAAUGUUUCAGAAAGCAGUGAAAUGUUGUGUAACGUAAGUAAUGUCAUUUUUUAUCUUGUGUCAAGUUAUUAUUACACAGAAUUGUAAUCUUGUUUAUUACAAAAGGGAUUACAGAAAAUAAUUACGUAGGCGAAUGUAAUAGGUUAGAUUACAUUGAUCACAUUCUGUACAUUUCUCUAUUUCUAUAUAAUGUCUUUGUCUGUUUACAUGUGCACUGUGUACUGUGCAAGUUUUGUAGCAGAUUGUUGCAAGUAUUCCUAGUCAAGGGAAUAUAAGGGUUGUUCUAUGUUAAACCAAAAUGAUUUCAGUGACAAAAUUGCAAUUGCAUUCUCUGUCAUGAGAAGUGUUUUACAUACAUCAAUGUCAUGAAACAUGUUUAUAUCUCCCACUGUCUCGAGGAAUGAUUACAAAUAUGUUGUCUAUACAAAAUGUUACAAAUUCAUGCGGUACAUUUUUGUUCAGGAUUGUCCCGUAGUUCUUAUGUCUGGGACUGAAAUACCUCUAUAUAUUUAUGAUUACAUGUUACAGUGUAUUUUGAUUACAUGUUAUUAUUUCAUUUAUGUAGAUAUUGAAUUCCAUGCAGAAUGCAACAUUUAAUUUUUUUUCAUUACAUUAUUACAUACAUGUAACCUGUCACACAUAUAAUUUUCAUUGUUUAAAAAAGAAAAUGUUGAAAGUUGAUUAAUACACUUGAAAUUGUUAAUUUUUUGUUACAUAUUGCCUUUAACUUCCUUAUCCUCGAAAACAAAAUGUAAUAGUAUUCAUAGUUGUUACAUUACUGUUACAUUAAGCAUUGCAACACUUUUGUAAAUAGAUUUUCACUGAUGCUGCCUUGUAACUCUUUACAUUGUGUAUGUUUAGUAUAGAAAAAAUGUGUAAUAAAGAUCGAAACUCG